CGGUCUGUUUUUGAUGUCCCACAGGCAGUGAAGUUGUUGCGUCCACGGGUUAAAGCAGCUCCUGUGUGAAGCAUAGUACUGAGUUAACGGAGUAAAUGUCGUGAUAACAGAAUAAAUAAAGACCUUCUCAUCGAUGGCCACGCUGUGGUCAAAGAUCUCUGCUGCCCUGCCUCGUAAUGAGGAACAGUUCCCGCUGCAGUUCAGCGACAAAGUGGAGUCAAGUGUGGUGGAAAUGCUGAAACGGGCUCGGCGGCAGCUUUACAGCGACGCCACCAGCGCCAGCCGAACGCUUAAUGCUCAGAUCCUUUUGGAUUUCUCCUGGGAGAAACUCAACACGGGAACAUGGCGCCACGUGGACAAAGAAUGGAGACGCGUUUAUUCCUACGGCUGCCUGUUCAAAGUGGCCGCUCUGUGUGGUGGAGAUCCGUCAGCAGAGGAGGUCCUGCUGGCUGUGAGGACCUGUGACAUGGGUUUACUCAUGGGGGCAGCCAUCAUGGAUGACAUACUUCAGGUUAUAGUUCGGAUCCUGCAAGCUGAAGUCAGGAAAUCCACUAAAUUAGAAGAAGAAAGUGAAAACACUGAAGUCAAGAGAAUGAAGACGGAGUGCCCACGUGUUCCUGCGAUCAGAGAGGAGUUGGCGGUUCCCAGGAUGAAGUGUCCUUCACUGGAGAGCUUCAGCACCAACUACCUGCUCCCCCUCAAACCGGUGAUUUUAGAGGGGAUCAUUGAGCACUGGCCCGCCUUCAACCAACACCCCUGGAGCAUAGAAUACUUGAGGUCUGUGGCCGGCUGUCGGACCGUUCCCGUUGAGGUCGGGUCCAGGUACACGGACGAGGAAUGGUCCCAGACGCUGCUAACGGUCAAUGAGUUCAUCGAUCGAUACAUUCUGAAUAAAGAGGGAGUAAAAGGUCUGGGUUAUCUCGCUCAACACCAGCUGUUUGAUCAGAUACCAGAGCUGAAGGAGGACAUCCGCCCUCCUGAUUAUUGCUGCCUCGGCGAAGGAGACGAAGACGACAUCACCGUUAACGCUUGGUUCGGGCCCAGAGGUACGGUGUCUCCUCUCCACCAGGACCCUCAGCAGAACUUCCUGGCUCAGGUGGUGGGAAGCAAAUACAUUCGCCUAUAUUCCCCAGAGGACACAGACAAGCUGUACCCUCAUCAAUCACAGCUCCUUCACAAUACCAGUCAGGUGGAGGUGGAGAACCCAGACGCGGAGCUCUUCCCGGAGUUUGCCCAGGCUCCGUAUCUGGAAUGCGUGUUGCAGCCUGGAGACGUGCUGUUCAUCCCCGUCCAACACUGGCAUUAUGUCCGAUCCCUAGAGCUCAGCUUCUCUGUCAGCUUCUGGUGGUCAUGACUGCAGAUCCAUGAUAAAAAAAAAAUUUUAAAAGUUAUUUUUGUACAGAACAAUUUGAGUCGAGCUUGAUUUUCUGCUUCUGUGGAGGGAAAUCAAUUUUGAGUUUUUAACUAAUGCGAGGCUAAUUCUCAUCAAUCUCAGGACAACCGCUGAUCACACAAACUUUUGAUCCGUGAGCAAUGAACACUCAGUGCUGAGUGAUUAGUUUAAUUGUGCUGCUCAUGAUUGCAACAACAUCUAUUGUGUGGAAAGCUAACAGCGGGGAGGGAAAAAAAACAAAUGAGCAGUUAAAACUGUUUGUGCUCAUCUCAUCCUGCAUAUAAUUACGUAGAGUUGUUAGUCAUCUCACUUCAAAUUGGUAUAUUUAAUUGUGCUGUGAACCUUAUUCAUACAACUAUCCUCAGAUGUAUGAUUUCCAUAAUUCAUGGAAAUGAGGCAAGUCUUCAAAUUUAAUAACCCAGUGAGCUACAGGUAUAACGAUGUGGUGGCAAACACAGCUCUCUGGUUAACCUGACAGUCAGACACAAUCAAGCAGGUCACAGACGAAAAAUUAAUAAAUGAAAUGAAUUAAUCCCCUGUGCACAGACAGACUUUGAAAUCAGAGGUGUCUCACUGGUUAAGUACCCUGACAGUACAACUUGUCGAGCUUCAAAAACAAAACCCCCGACUAUAAAGACAGCAGCACUUCGUUUCACAUCUCAGACCUCUAACAAGCCCCGGUCGUGUUUCCCGCAGGUCCAUUUCAAUCAAACCUUCUAAUUAGAACCGUGAAGCAUGCGAGGAUGUGACAAAAUGAAGUAGAUCGGCGCUGAUGUACAUAUUUGAUCUGCUUUUCAACCAAAUUCACAGUCAGCUGAAGUAGUGUGCUGGGAAAUCAAGGCAGCGCAAGGCAGAAUAAAUCCAAAGAGUUGUGUGGGAUUGUUUUUUUUUUUUUAGUGAACACAAUAGCUCAAGAAAAUGGAAUAAAUGAUAAUACAUUUUCAACUCAUUUUGAAAAAAUUUGAAAAAACAAAGAAAGUAAAGUCUAAAGUACGCAGAAAGUGGUUCAAACAAACGUGAAUUUGCUGCAAAUAUACAUAUGUGCUUAAAUAGCCAAAUUGUUUUUAAAUAUGCUCUGGUAUUUGCAUUUUAAUAAUAAAUAGCUAAUAAUGUAGUAAACUUUGUAUCUUCCAUGAUAGUGCUGCCGAUAAAAUGUG